AUGUUCGUGUUCUUCUUCUUUUUCUCUUCCCUCCUACUGUCUCCCUCCUUACUAUUUUUCUCACCUCCUCCUUACUAUUUUUCUCACCUCCUCCUCCUCCACUUUCCUCUUCUCUUUAAUUUUUCUUUCGAUUUUCUUCUUGUUGUUCUCCUUUUCCUUCUUCUUCUUCUUCUCUUCCUUGUUGAUCUUUUUCUUCUUCUUCCCCUCUUUUUCUUCUUGUUCUUCUCUUUUUCCUUCUUUUUUUCGUCUUCUCCUCUUCUGUCUUCUUCUUCUUCUUUUUCUUCUUCUUCUUCUUCUUCUCCUUCUUCUUCCUUGUUGAUCUUUUUCUUCUUCUUCUCCUCUUCUUUCUUCUUGUUCUCUUUUUCCUUCUUUUUUCGUCUUCUCCUCUUCCGUCUUCUUCUUCUUCUUCUUCUUCUUCUUCUUCCUUGUGGAUCUUUUUCUUCUUCUCCUCCUCUUCUUUCUUCUUGUUCUUCUCUUUUUCCUUCUUUUUCUUCGUCUUCUCCUCUUCCGUCUUCUUCUUCUUCUUCUUCUUCUUCUUCUUCUUCUUCCUUGUUGAUCUUUUCCUUCUUCUUCCCCUCUUUUUUCUUCUUGUUCUUCUCUUUUUCCUUCUUUUUUUCGUCUUCUCUUCUUCCGUCUUCUUCUUCUUCUUCUUGCUGCUGUUCAUGCAGUAUUAAUACCAUUCCUGUAGUUUAG